ACGAUGGCACCAUCUUACGCGCGAGGUCUAUGAUACAUCGAUGUCCUUCCGAAAGCGCAAUGUAGGCCUUUCGGGCUCUGGGCGGUCUCCAGUUGCUCAGACGGCACCACAUGACCAAGCUCAACUAUCUGGCUGUCGACCCUCGGCCGUUGACGGACGUGCAGUCACGUCGACUGGGACGGCCAGCCUUGAUGCGCUUUUGGCUGGACACUCCGGUCUGAGUCUAGGCUGCACACUCCUCAUUGAAGAGAGCGGCACCACAGACUAUGCUGGCGCCCUGCUCCGAUUCUUCGCUGCAGAAGGCCUUCUACAAGAUCACCAUGUGCAUGUCAUCGGGAUGCCGGAACAUUGGGGUCGUGAACUGCCUGGAGCCGUUGGGGACUCCGACAAGAAGGAGAAGCCUGCUGGAAGCACCGAAAAGAUGAAGAUUGCUUGGAGAUACGAGAGCUUGGGACAAUUUGGGGACAGUACAAACGCAAGAGAACGUUCACAGCCACCAAGUGCCUCAAAAGGCAAAGGGGAAGAGACAACGCCCCAGUCAUUCUGUCAUACCUUCGAUCUGACAAAGAGGCUUGUCCACCCAGCUUCGUCCCGACUGGAUUUCCUGCAGCUGAACAUGAAUCCAUCCCAAUCGCCUUUUGGGCCAGUGCUGGAACAGCUGAGUGCCGCGAUGUCGAAUUCAGCACCCAGUACGGUCCACCGGGUCGUUAUACCAUCCAUGCUUUCUCCUGCCCUCUAUCCGCCUCAUUGCAAUGAGCCUCGCCAUAUCCUCCAAUUCCUCCAUGGGCUGCGGGCUUUGUCCGCAGGACACGCCAACCGGAUCAUAGCAAUGAUGUCACUUCCCCUGUCUCUCUAUCCUCGAUCAUCAGGACUGGUGAGGUGGAUUGAGCUCCUUGCCGAUGGUGUUUUCGAGCUCUCCCCUUUUCCUCACUCAGCAGACGCCGACGCGAACGCUUCGCGUGGGCCUUCUGGAACCACAGAAGAGCCAUCUCAAGGGCUGUUGCAGGUUCAUCGUAUACCGAUGCUACACGACCGGGCUAGCGGCACGGCCCCUGCGGAAAACGACUGGACUUUUACUUUGAGCAGGAGGAAGUUCACUAUUAAGCCGUUCAAUCUACCCCCAAUUGAAGGCGACACAGACGCUCAGCAUGCUUCUGGAUCGGAGCCGAAGGGUAAGAAGGCAGAUGUGGAAUUUUGAGCCUGUCGUUCAAGAGUUCCUAUUCGUCGUCAUCAGGAUGCCGAUGUCGUUCAUUGAGCAUAGUUUCCAUCUCGAUGUGCUCCGAAGAACCUGGUCCGGGAUUGGUCAUUGUCCGGAAAUAAAUUUGGUCAUACGAUCCAUGCCGAGGGUUGAUGCUGACUCUUGGAAGUCUUGCUCUGAAUCCUUCGCCUAAGCAUGACGACAGCGCAAGGAAGACUGUGCGAUAGAUUAGCCUGUGAUGCUUCGUCGAGGGCGGGACUUUGCAAAUACCCACGAAACAUAGCAAGGGGACGAAGAAGAGCAAGCUUAAGAGCCACAAGACACCCAUGGAGGAAGACAGAGGAGUGCUGCAAUAGCCUGCAGUCCGCACUAGCUUAGAAGCAAAGCCCACUGCAAUCUAGAUAAUCAGAUAUGGGACAGCGAUCAGGAGGAGAGCAUGGAAAGCAUAAGGCUAUCGUUGACGAACAAAGCAUGAUGCCUCCUCAGUCAAGGCGUGGUUGUCGCCUAAAGGUUUGCCAAGCUGACUGAUGGGUCUCCAGUAAUACGGCGGUAGCGUGUGG